UAAAGGCAUUAUGGAUUUUAAGUUUUACCUAUGUUGAUAGACUUUAUACAUUUUAAAUUUGUUUUAUAUUCGUGUUCGUCGCCCGUCGGAAGUACUGAAAAGAAGUUUGUAAUAUAAUAUUUUGUUAUUAACAGUUACUCAGUUUUUGCUUUUGAUGUAAUGAUUUCGUUUUUCAUUAAUACGUCUACUUAAAAGUCUACAAUGCAUAUAAAAUCCUUGGUCAUUGACGGCUUUAAGUCCUAUGGAAAACGUGUGGAAUUGAAUGAUUUUGAUCCAGAAUUCAAUGCUAUUACUGGCUUAAACGGAACAGGAAAGUCAAAUAUUUUGGAUGCAAUAUGUUUUACUUUGGGCAUAUCUGCUAUGAACACUAUACGUGCUUCGACUAUGCAAGAUGUUAUUUAUAAAAGUGGACAGGCAGGAGUUCAUACAGCUACUGUUACUAUUACUUUUGACAAUAGAGAUAAAUCAAGAUCUGCUCCACAUUAUACACACAACGAUGAAAUUGUCAUAUCACGAGAAGUGGGAAUGGGUUCUAAAAAUACCUACAGGAUUAAUGGUCUUACUGUACCGGCUAAAAAAAUCAUGGACUUUUUUAAUUCUCUACAAAUGAAUGUCAACAAUCCUCAUUUCAUUAUUAUGCAAGGAAGAAUUACAAAAGUAUUAAACAUGAAACCUAUAGAAAUAUUGUCUAUGAUUGAAGAGGCUGCUGGCACUAACAUGUAUGAGUCUAAGAAAAGAAGUCUUGAAAUGACAGUGGGCAAGAAAGAUAACAAAUUAAAAGAAAUGCGAGAUGUUGCUGACGAAGAGAUUGUUCCAACUAUGGAGACUAUUGAAAAAGAAAAACAAAUGUUGGAAGAAUUAAAUAUGGUUCAUGGUCAGUUAAGAAUAUUAAAGGAAAAGCUUGAUAGUUGGAAUUAUGUACAAUUAAUGAAAAAAGUAAAUCAAUUUACUGAGGAACUAAAGAAACUAGAUGGUAUAAAACAGAAAAAAGAAGAAUUGAUUGAAGAAUCAAAAAAUCAGCUAAAAAGUAUGGAGGAAAAAUUAAAAGAAGAUGAGGAAUCACUAAAAAUAAAUGGUGGAAAUAAUUUGAAUGUAUUAAAAGUUAAACUUGAAGAAAAAGAAAAAGAAAAGGACAAUAUACAGCUUCAAGUAAAUGCAUGUAAUACAAAUAUAAAUAUUGAGGUUAAAAAAAUUAAAGAUUUGGAAAAACAAAUUAAUAAUAGUAAGAAAGGUUAUGAAGCAAAGAUAAAAGAGAUGGAUGACUUUAAUGAGAUGAAUGCAGGCGUAGAAGAAGAGAAUAAAAAGAAUACAAACGAUUUGGAUGAGAUUGAUAAAAAAAUACGAUCAUUAAAUUCAGGAAAUAUAUUUGGUGAUGAAGAUAAUGGUUCAGUGCAGGAAAAUAUUAAUAAAUAUAAUUUAGAAUUACAAAAUCAGCAGACAGAGAACCAACAGUGUGCAAUUAAAAUUGAUGGAUUAAAAAAAAAGUUAAAUGAACACUUAACUGGUGUGAAAGAAGCGCAAAAAACAUACAACCUACAAAUGUCUCAAUUAACAGCUAAAGAAAAAGAAUAUGAGAAAGUUAAAGAUGAAUAUAUAAAAGCUAGCGAAGCAUUAAAUCAACAUCAUAAUUUGAAAUCAAGUCGUGAUAAUUUACUCAGAGAAGUACGCAAUUUAAGUUCAAAAACUGAAUCGUUUGAAUCGAAUAAUCCGGGUUUAUUCUUUAGAUAUAAUGAUCCAAGGCCUAAUUUUGACCGACGUAAAGUGCAUGGUCUUAUUUGCCGUUUAUUUACACCUAUUGAUUUUAGAUUUGAACUGGCAUUAACAACUUUGGCUGGAGGUAAAUUAUACUUUAUUGUUGUUGAAGAUGAUACUGUUGGUAAAGAUAUUUUGGAAACUAAUAAGUUUCCAAAUCGUGUGAAUUUUAUACCUUUGAGCAAAAUUAAAUCUGAUAGUUUGGAUCCUAGAAUUAUUAGUAGAGCUCAGCAAAUUGGUGGAGCUGAUAAUGUUUUUCCUGCCAUGUCACUUAUUAAAUAUGACAAAAAACACUUAAAAGCUAUACAGUGGGUAUUUGGACAAGCAUUUAUAUGUACGACUAAGGGAAUUGCUGAAAAAGUUUGUUUUGACAACCGAGUUAAUAAGCAUUGUUUUACAUUAGAGGGUGAUCAUUUUAAUCCUUCUGGAAGUCUUACUGGUGGAGCAAAUACUCAAAGGCUUAUUUUACAGUCAAUAGCAAAACAAGAUGAAGUUUCAUUUGAGCUCCAAGCAAAAAAAGCCGAGUAUGAAAAGGUAGAUAGUAGCUUGCAAGCCAUGCAUAAUUUGCCAGAAAAGGUUGCGCAACUUAAAGAUCGACAAAUUUCUGUUCAAGAAGAGUUGGACAAAAUUAGAUCAGAUGUACAUUUAGGACAACCUCAUCAACAAGUUACUGAAUUUAAUAAAAUUAAUCAGCAAAUAGCAGAACUAGAGGCUAAGUUGGCCGAAGGCAAAGCUAAUGAAAAAAAUUUACAAAAAAAAAUUAAAGACUUGGAAAAUAAAAUGAAAAAUGCUGAAAAUAUUCUAAAAAAGCAGCUAAGUGAUGCAGAAAAAUCGAGAAAAAAUAUUUUGGAAAAAAUAAAAAAAAACAAAACAGAAUAUGAUAAAAAAAAAAAUAACUACAACAAAUUAGAACUUGAAAUUAAAGAUUUAACUAGUCAGAUGCAAGAAGAAGAAAACCAAUUGAUUGAGUUAAAUGUUGAGAAGAAGCAACUUGAAGAAAAGCUUCUCACGUUGAUGUCUGAAUUAAAAAUAGCUGAUGACAAAUGUAAGGAAGCAUCUAAAGAAUAUGAGGCUCAGAGAGAAAUUGCAAUGAAAAAUUCUAAUGAAAUUCAGCAACAUAAAUAUUUGUUAAAGAAAUUGAUUGAAGAAAUUUCAACUAAUGAAGUUAAUCUGGCUGAGCUUUCUUCAGAAAUUACUAAAAUGAAUAAUGGAUCAAUAGCUGCAAAAGAAAAAUUUAAGGAUAUUGAUAAAAGAUUGCCUGAUGAACAAAAACAAAUGGCACUUAAAAUGGAUUUUAUAAAUUUUAAAUCUGAGGAAUGCAAUCGGUCAGUUAAUGAACUGCAAACUAGAUAUGAUCAAUUAGCAAAAGUUGUUGAUCCAGGAAAAUUGAAUAACUUUCAUAAACAUAUUCAAGAGUAUAAGCGCCUUCAAAAAAAAUUGGAAACAAUUGUAAAGGAUAAAAUUAAAAUUAAUGAAAUAAUUGAAGAAUUAGAAGUAAAAAAACGUCUUCAUUUACAACACGCUUCAAAUCGCGUGAAUAUAGAAUUUGGAAAAAUAUUUAGUAGUGUAUUACCUGGUGCUCAAGCUUGUUUAAAACAAACAAACGAAGAAGACAUUACAGCCGGAUUAGAGAUUCGUGUUGCAUUUAAUGGACUAUGGAAAGAAAGCUUAGAAGAACUUAGUGGUGGGCAACGCUCUCUAGUUGCGCUGUCUUUAGUUUUGGCAAUGUUGCUUUUCAACCCAGUUCCUCUUUAUAUUUUGGAUGAAGUAGAUGCUGCUCUCGAUCUAUCCCACACACAAAAUAUAGGAAAAAUGUUGAAGCAACAUUUUAAACAAUCACAAUUUAUUGUAGUAUCACUAAAGGAUGGAAUGUUUAGUAAUGCUAAUGUAUUGUUUAGAACAAAAUUUGUAGACGGAUCUUCUGCAGUAACUAGAACUACUUGUAAUCAAACAUAAAUUUAAUAUAUAUAUAUAUUUUUUUAUUAUAUAAUAUUAUAAUGUAGUUGUCAAAUUAACAGUUGUAUCCAAUUUAAAUAGUAUAAAAAUAGUUUGACUUGUACCCAUUUGAUUUGUUCUAAAAUUGUAUUAAUAUGUUUAAUUUAAUUUGUAUAUUUUUGUAUUAAUUUUUUUUAUUACUAUCAUUACUUAAUAAGCAUUUGUUUAAAGUUUAAACAUUUUAAUUAAUAAACAUAAAUGUUUAUAAAUAUUUAUUUUUUAUAGUUAUAUAUAUUAUUCAUGUUUUGAUAUUUAAAAGUACAACUAUAAUAUUUUAGAAGAUGAUAGAUUUUUAUGUUAAGUUAUUUCAUACAAACUUUUUUUUUUGAAAUAAAUGGACAUAGUUAAUUUAUACUUAACUCUCUUUACACAAUGUUAAAUGCUUAUGUUACCAGAAUAGAUGAUAAUUCAGGAAUUGUUGUGAUAUCCUAGUCAUCUUUAACAAUGACUGGAAAGGAUAGGCAAUGUUGGAUAUUUCGUAGUUUUAUCAACAUUUCUGUAUUAUAUUAGACAAUGUUAUAAAUCCAUAUCAACAUUGCUUUAUUAGUGAUCGAUCUGAUUAUGAAACAUAGGUAGGUACCUAUAGGCUAUAGUAUAAAUGGAAAACUCUGUUAUAUGUUAUUAUUUUUAUUGCUUAAAACUAAUAAUAAAAUUGAAAAAUUAAAAAUUUUUGUGCUAUAUAACUGGUAUUGUUAUAGAAUAUAGACACAACCCGCAAGUGAUUGCUCAGUACAAAGUGCAAUAGUCAUGUUUAAUAACCUGUUUAAAAACGAAUUUGAAUGAAAUGCACAUACAAUUUAUUAUUAAUUAAAAAUAAACGAAUCAAUGAUUUUUUGAGAUUAAGAUUAUGAUUUAUCUUCAAUUAGUUUUUAUUUCUAAAAUAAUUCAAUCCUUAUUUAUUAAUUUAACAUAAAAAUACAAUGUUUAUUGGGUGGGGAUUUUCAAACAAAGUUAGUAUUAGUGGGUUAGAAAUUAAAAUAUUUCUCUGCAUCACCAGAAAUUGAGGUCAAUUUACAACACUGGACUGAAUGUCAUAUUUUCUGGUAAUAUAUUCAAGUUGUAUAUGUACAAUUAUGAACAUAAUAUAAUAAUAUUAUUUUCAAGUAUCAAAAAUUUUACAAUUUUUAAUUGUAGACCUUAGAAUUAAGUGGUUUUAUUGAAUAUUAAACAAGAAAACUAAUGUCUCAAACUUAUUUUUUUUAGUAAAUUGUGUUGUUUAUGCUUUAAUACACUGAUGAUCCAUUAAAUUUUAAUGGCUUAAUAUUAAAUGUAAAAUAAUAACUUUCAGAUUUUCAGUUGUACAUAUGUUAUGUUUACAUUGUAAAAUGUCAAUAUUCUAAAUUGUACAAAACAUUUUAGAAAUAUAAGAUUAAUGCACAACA